GUGCGAGUCGAUUGAUUUUUGGCCUUUUUGUUCUUUUUAAUGUGAAACUACACUUUCAAUGCCGAUAAAGUAACACAUUUAACCAUUAACUAUGGAUCAACCGGACACAUCCCAAGAAACCGAUGCACAGGAUUGUAUGAUCCUCCAAGUGCCUGCCAUAGAAGAACCCAUAGAUUCUGAUAACCAAGACCCGAUGUUGAAAGACAACGUCAUGAACAUGUUCACGAGCGUCUGGGUGAAGGUGGAGAUGGAAGAAGAAUCCCCGAGCAAUAUCGUCGUUGAACCAGAUAUCACCCACUUCAGAGAAUCAACGAGAAAGAAACAAAAACCGCUAUUGAAAUGUGACGUGUGUGAUUAUACUACAACAUACAAAAACUGCUUGAAGCUCCACAAACUGGGUCACGGAGGAGUGAAGCCAAACUCUUGCGAACUCUGCGACUACACCACAAAAUAUCCUACAGCGUUGAACAGGCAUAUGGCUAUAAAACACCAAUCGGAAGAGCAGUUGAGCAAAAUGAGGUCGUCACCAAAUUAUAAAUGUGGCACCUGUGACUAUACUACUUAUUACAAAUGGAACCUGAACGCUCAUAUGCGAAAGCAUAAAGAUAACAAACAGUUUCAAUGCAGUGAAUGUGAUUAUACUACAGCGUACAGGCAUAACUUUCUUAAACACAGUAAAACGCACAACGAUAAUAUGGUUUAUAAAUGCGAUAAGUGUCCAUUUGUGACGAAAUAUGAUGGCCACAUCACUAGGCAUAUGGCCAAAAUACACAACGAGGUUUCGGACAAAGCAAACAAGUGUGAAUAUUGCGAUUUUUCAACGAAGGUAAAUUGGAGGUUGACCGCUCAUAAGGUUAGAAGUAAACAGAAAGAAAUAUUGAAAUGUGAGUCAUGCGAUUUCGAGACUUAUUACAUGUGCGAAAACAAAAAACAUAAAAGGACUCACACGAAAGUGUAUAAAAAGAACCAAAUACCUCUAGAAAUGGAAGACCAACUGACUGAUUCAUUAACUACUACAAAUAAAGAAUUCAAAUUCCUAAAGGAAGAAAAUGAAAAAGCAAAAGAAAAAGAUCAUGCAACACAUAAUUAUAUGCUAGAUGGGUUCGUAGAAUGGAAGAACAUUCAAGUUUUAGAAUCUGAGAACAAAGAUCGACCGUUUCUAUGCCAUAUGUGUAACUACACAUCGCGUUUCAAAGCGUCAGUCCAAAGACACUUUCAGAGACACCACACCAGCUCCCAGAUUCGUCCGUACAAAUGCGUUAACUGUGACUUCGCAACGAAAACUAAAGAUCAGAUAGCGUUGCACAAUAAACGAAGCGAAUCUAAAGUGCCUAUGAGCUGUAAUUUAUGCCAAUUCACGACGAACUACAAGUGUCAAUACGUUAUGCAUCAGAAGUCUCACUACGAGUACAAGUGUACGAAGUGUGAGUAUAUUUGCAAGCAUAAAUAUGAGAUGCAGAAACAUGUUACUGCGGUACACCUUGGGGACGGUUUUAAAUGUCAGUAUUGUGGUUAUUUAGCUACAAGGAAAGAGAAUUUGCUCUCUCAUGAGACAACCCACACAGGGGUCAAACCGUUCCAUUGUACGGUACCUCAGUGUGGGUAUAGAUCUAUUAGGAAGACGUUGCUUCGUAACCACAUGGCCCGUUUUCACGGCGACAUAAAAGAUGAUGUUAAGAUUGUCAGCGAUAACAAAAUUCAGGCACUAAAAUUGCAUAUCGAACAUUUGUAAUAAGUUUUUGUGUUUAUUAACAUUGAUACUGUCUAGUAUUAACAUAGAUACCCUGCUGUCUACAUUUUUUGUCGGCCGAUAGUUUCUUUGGGCUGUUAAUCAGUAUGAACAUGUAUGGAAGUACGCACACUACACAGAUUUGGUAUCGGCCGAUUCCAUAAACAAAUUAGGAGCCGACAAAACUAUCGGCCGACUGAAAGUCUGUUAUCUACGGGUAAAGUCCGGUCACUGAGCAGAUAGAAUUUCGUACAAUGACUCCAAGCUACCCAUCCUUAUCGCUAUUAUAUUGCUGUCGCGAAUGUGCGACGGGCGGCCGCAGUGAGUGUGCGAGCGCGACAACAUUUACGCGCGAGCGAUAAGAAUGGGUAGCUCGGGGUCAUUGUACGAAAUUCCAUCUGCUCAGCGACCGGACUUUAGUAUAAAUGUAUGUCGUUGCUAGCCAAUCAGACUACACGUUUUUAUUGAAAAAUAGUACCUAUAAAAACUACAUAAGACUCAGUGUUUAGCUCUAUUCAAAUAGCCUAUAAUAACGUUACAAUGAUGUAAAAGUUAAAUGAAAAAGUCCUGUAGUAUCUUUACCUACGCUACGCAGUUUUCAAACAUUAUUCUUAGGAUAGUAAUAUUAGAUUGAUUUUUACCUUGUUGUAUUAUUCAAAAUAUGUUUACUCAUCACACUGUUAACGAAUCACAAUAUGUAUUAUAAGGUAUAGUGCUUAACUCCAGUGCCUGGGGUAUGGAAGCAGCACGGGAGAGGUGACAUUGAUAUAAUACACCACAAAAUUUUUAUCACCGAAAAAAAAAAUUCUGGGUAAUGAGUUACUGAUCCUAUUAAUGCAAAAAAAAAGUUAAAGUUACUCAAAAUUUCAUCCUAAAAUUGGUAAUUUAUGGACACACGCGUCGCUAGCACUAUUUACGUAAGAUAAUGUAACACUUAUUAGAACUCAACAUGGUCUAAGUUAGCUAAGUAUGUAAUAAUAACACUGGAAGCGUGGUCGAGGCGUGAGCGAGACAGACAGAUCGGGGCAAUAUGCGAGCGCGUACGACUACUCUAGCGAGCAGCGGAGUGACCCAGCUGACACGUAAAAUACGGACUAAAGAAAAUGUAAUAAAAAAAUUAACUUUAUGAAAAACAUUUCUUUUUCUUUUGCUAUAAAUUUUUCACACGUUUCUACAUAACCUGUUAAAAAUUUUUCGGUGAUAAAAAUGUAGUGGUGUAUAACGUGACAGAGCAUACACAUCUGCUGGAAUCUCGCUGCCGUUUGAAGUUUCAAAAACACCCUCCAGUGCCGCUAACAUUUCUCAGGCACUGAUUGAGUUAAGCGCUAGAUCUGUCUGUAGUACUCAGGCUACGUAUUUAAAGAAUGUAAAGAUGAAAAUUAGUUACCAAUAACAUCACAGGCUUUUGAACUCGACUCGGAAUGGUCUUUACUGUGUUUUUACACUGCCUCAAGUUCGGUCGCCGAGUAUGAAUUUCGUACAAUGACCCCAAGCUACCCAUCCUUAUCGCUCGCGCGUAUAUUGCUGUCGCGCUCGCACACUCUGUGCGGCGGACGGCCGUAGAGCCGCGAGCGAUAAGGAUGGGUAGCUUAGGGUCAUUGUACGAAAUACUAUCCGCUCGGCGACCGGACUUUAGAUGAAAUUUAUUUCACCUUUAUAACCGCCUACUAAUCG